UCCGACAAGCCGGGGGAGAGGAGAAGGAAACGCAGUAUCUCAACGAUGGAGCAAUUUUAAGAGAUAACGACGAGCUCCCCCGUCGGAGAUAAUUGCUCGGCGUCAUCUACAUGACCAAAGAAGCGAGACCGGCAACGAGAGACGCAAGCGUAACAAUCAUGCAAUUUAAAUACAGGCGAAUUUAAGCAAGCGCUUCUUCUUCAAGGUUACACCUCUUGAAGACGCCCCGACAUCCCCUCCCCUCCUCCUUGUCGAAGAUCAGCUGGCGUGCGUUGGUUGAUCGUCACCGGUACCGACCAUGUCCGUGGAAGAGCAGGGCUACCCCGACGCGAUGCUGCUGCGGGAGGCCGGGCCGGAGUGGAUGCGGGCCGAGAUCGAGCGUCUCUCCCGGGAGCUGGGUGAGACCACGAACGAGAAGAUCCAGGCGGCGGAGUACGGACUGGCGGUGCUGGAGGAGAAGCAGCAGCUCAAGCAGCAGUACGAUGACCUGGAGAUCGAGUACGAGGGCGUCAGGCAGGAGCUAGACCAGCUGAAGGAGGCCUUCGGACAAGCCUACUCCAACCACAGGAAGGUGGCAGCGGAUGGGGAGAGCCGUGAGGAGUCUCUUAUCCAGGAGUCGGCCUGUAAGGAGGCCUACUACGAGCAGAGGGUCCUGGAACUGCAGAACGAGCUCCGGCAGACGCGCAACAUCCUCACCAACACCCAGUCUGAGAACGAACGUCUGAACACCAUCUCCCAGGAGCUGAGAGAGAACAGCCAGAUGGUGGAGCUCCAGAGGAAUCAGCUGCGUGACGACAUCAAGGAGUACAAGUUCCUCGAGGCUCGCCUGCUGCAGGACUACACCGAGCUGGAGGAGGAGAACAUCUCGCUGCAGAAGCAGGUCUCCGCACUCAAACAGAGCCAGGUGGAGUUUGAGGGUUUGAAGCAUGAGAUCCGUCGUCUGGAGGAGGACACCCAGUUCCUCAACAGCCAGCUGGAAGACGCCAUCCGACUGAAAGAGAUCGCCGAGCGUCAGCUAAGCGAGGCCCUGGAGACCAUCAAGACUGAGCGUGAGCUGAAGGCUUCCCUGAGGAAAGAGCUGUCCCACUACAUGAACAUCGGAGACACUCUGUAUCACAGCCCUCUAAGCAUCUCUCUGGAUGGCCUCAAGUUCAGCGACGAUGCCGCCACCGAACCCAACAACGACGAGGCUCUGCAUGGAUACGAGAACGACUUCACCAAGCUGGCCAAUGCCAUCAACUACGACAACUGCGUCUCCACACCCAAGAAGGAAGAGCUGUUCAGUCCUGUGCCCAGCCUCGUGGACGACCUGCUCAGCGAGCUCAACAUCUCAGAGAUCCAGAAGCUCAAACAGCAGCUGAUGCAGAUGGAGCGUGAGAAGGUCAACCUGCUGUCCACCCUGCAGGACUCCCAGAAACAGCUCGAGCAGGCUAACGGUGCUCUGUCAGAGCAUCAGGAGAAGGUCAACCGCCUCACGGAGAACCUCAACGCCAUCCGCAAGCUCCAGGCCAGCAAGGAGCGGCAGUCUGCCUUGGACAACGAGAAGGAACGCGAUAGCCACGAAGACGGAGACUACUACGAGGUGGACAUCAACGGACCUGAGAUUCUGGAGUGCAAGUACAAGGUUGCUGUGUCUGAGGCAGGAGAGCUGAAGGAGGAACUGAAGACUCUGAAGACAGAAUACCAGGCCUGUCAGUCCCGUUACGAAGAAGAGCGCGCCCGUCUGGAGAGCGAUGUCACAGCGCUGGGUCAGAAGCUGGCGGUUCUCGAGAAGACGAGUCACAUAGAGAGAGAAGAGAAGGCUAAGCUGGAGAAGGAGCUGCGCAAGGUGAGCGAUGUGGCAGGUGAGUCCCAGGGGAGUCUGAGUGUGGCACAGGACGAGCUGGUCACCUUCAGUGAAGAACUGGCCACCCUCUACAACCAUGUCUGCAUGUGCAACAACGAGACGCCCAACCGCGUCAUGCUCGACUUCUACAAGGAGGGCAAGGGCGGUCGGAGCAGCCCAGAGGUCCGCGGCCGCCGCUCCCCCAUCCUGCUCACCAAAGGCCUCUUCCCUGAGCCUGGCAAGACCGACCUAAGCGACGGAGCCCCGUCACCAGUCUCCUCUCUGCCUUCUCCCGUGUCCGACCACCGCCGCGAGCCCAUGAACAUCUACAACCUGGUGGCCAUCAUCAGAGACCAGAUCAAGCACCUGCAGCUGGCUGUGGACCGCACCACAGAGCUGUCGCGCCAGAGGGUCGCCUCCCUGGAGCUCGGCACUGUGGCCGACAAGGACAAGGAAGCCUGCAUGGAGGAGAUCCUCAAACUGAAAUCCCUGCUCAGCACCAAGAGGGAACAGAUCGCAACCCUGAGGACCGUCCUUAAGGCCAACAAGCAGACAGCUGAAGUUGCUCUGGCCAACCUGAAGAGCAAGUACGAGAACGAGAAGGCCAUGGUGACCGAGACCAUGAUGAAACUGAGGAACGAGCUCAAAGCCCUGAAGGAGGACGCCGCCACCUUCUCCUCUCUCCGAGCCAUGUUCGCCACACGUUGUGACGAGUAUGUCACUCAGCUGGAUGAGAUGCAGAGGCAGCUGGCUGCAGCGGAGGAUGAGAAGAAGACCCUCAACUCCCUGCUGCGAAUGGCCAUACAGCAGAAGCUGGCCCUGACGCAGCGUCUGGAAGACCUGGAGUUCGAUCACGAGCAGACCCGCCGCGGAGGCAGCUCCGGCCGCGCCAAGACCCGCAGCAAGGCCGCCGGCAGCGCCCCCAACAACCCCCACGUAAGUCAGAGUCUCACCUGCUCUGGCUCCGGCCGUCCAGAGCUCAACAAUGCAAUGCCCAAUGGCAUUCUGGGAGGCCCUGUGGUGUUUUGCAGCGAGAAGUACAAGAUCUACUGCGACUGAGGCGGCUUUCAAGUGCGCAAGGGACUGCUGUGUACAGAGGGGAGGGGGCCCACGGGCCGAACCCUCCCUGCCUUAGUGUUAAAGAGCCCCACUCGCUCGCUUAGCUCCCUGGCCAGCCUGCGCUCCUCUAGGGACUGCUGUGUGACUAACCAGCUGCUCGUGUGUGCUAGUGUAUACGCUUAGGGGAAUGCAAAUGUAUGUACAGUGUGCACUAGACGUUUGGACUGUAGUAGACAUAUAUGGCAUGUGGAUUAUAGGGCCCCGGUUCUGUUGGGGGGGGGGUUUUGUGGAUAUUAUGGAGUGUCUAUUCUUUCCGCUGUCAUGGUGCUGUACGUAUGAUGUAAAAGGUGGCAGCUUUUGUGCUCGUCUGUUCUGCCCCCCUGAGUGUAUUACCUGGUAACAGUAACACAUUGUGGUGGUGAGCACCUGUAAAGGAGGAUGUCAGUCUGACGGUCAUGUGACCGAAUGUGACAUCCUCUGCUCUUCGGCUCAUCUGUCGGCAUUGGUGCUCCUUGAAAAGCGUCUCUCUCCUCUCCGUCCUGGCCCUCCAGGACCGACCUGUGUCCAGCAGCCCACUGUCCAAUCAGGUCACGCUUUAAGAAAAAGCAACUUUGAAGAAGUCAAAAUAUGCAAUCUCCCCCUGCUUUCUUGCUAGGGGAGCACACUUUACAAUUCUACAAAGAAAUUCACUAACUCGUGCUCGAGUUGGCUGCUGGUUUGAUGAUGGGAUUGUUUGGGCAGAAAAGGAGCACCUGUGACCACAGGUGUAUUUCAGGAUGAUUUUGAAAGCUGUGACACUAACACGCCAACACGAUAGGGUCAGUAGAAACGCAUGGCUUUGCAGCUGAAAACGCUUAUGAGCUUUUUUACUGUUUUUCUGUUGUCAGGUGUGUGGGACAAGACAAACUCAUGUAUUAACAGGGCUCUACAUUGUUAAAAUAAAAGGGGGGAUUUAUUCGGUGUCUGGUGAAAUACAGGAGGGCUGAUCCAUGUGACCCAUUACGUCGCUACGGAUUCUUUCAGAGCCAUAUAUUCUAAGAGAGGAAGAAAGUUUGACAAAUCGAUCUUCACCACCCAAAUUAAGUGCACUUCAGCAUUGGUGCCUCAGGUUCCUGCUUCUGUUAAAAAAAAACCAACAUGGAUAUGAUGAUUACUGUGAACAGAGAUACGAUAUAGUUUUGAUCAAAGAUGAUUUUUUAAAUACGGAGCAAAUCCUAGAAGAGCACAAAUCAAAAAUCGGCAUCCACGUGUGGAUAACGAAUCUGCAAACGAAACCUGUGCCUGACCCAAACACUUGAUAUAUUUAUCUAUCUGUUGAUGUAAAGCCCUGUCCUCGUGUCUCAACUUGAGCUGUCACUGUUCUUUCCCUCUCUCCCCACCCCCCAUCCUCUGUCUCCCCUGCUUCUCUAUUUUUGGGAGAUCCCUCAGAGUUCUCAAUCCUGUGUGGUUAAUGCGGCUGAAGAACCCUUUUCCUCAUGUCUCUAAUCUGUGUCUUGUCGCUCGGUCGCCAUACGACCUUCUCUCUUUUAGAUUGUCAGCAGCUUGCUCCCCCAGCGUCACCACUCACCCUUUAACUAGAAUGAGGAAUUGUGGGGAAAGUUGCCCUCUGAAUAUUAUUGUCAGGUAAUGUCCCCACGUACGCUGUGCUCCCGAUAUCUGCCUGUGUGUAUAUGAGCGUUCUGGUGAAGGACCCUCGCGUUUGUAUCAAGGUCUUGACCUUUGCAAACGGAGGGUCCCUCAUUUCUUUUGUUCUCUUGGUUAUUUUGGUGUGUGAGGACAAAGCGACGCACUGUAUUUUUUUGUAUCCACAAUAGCUUUAACCCCUUGCAAGCUAGCAUUUACGCAAAAUAGGAAAAAAUAUAAAAGUGGGGCUUGUGUUUAAUAAAUCCAUGUACUGCUUGUGGAUCAUAGACACAUUAGCUUUAUGAUGCUAAAAGCAGGGUUGAUGAUGUGAGGAAAUCCUGCAAGAUUCGUCAAACGAUGCGUUUUCUACUACCAAUAAGCUAUAUAUUAAACUCUAUAUUCUUAAUAUGAUCACGUUCAGGUUAUAAUCUUGCAGGAUCCUACUACAGUAUUCCUUCCUCUCAGAUGUAAAGAGAGGGAGCCUAAUUGCUCUUCUGAAACAGGAAACAACAUCAGCAGUCAACCCUGCUUGAGUGUGCAUCCGUAAGCCUCAGCGCACAGCAUGGAAACAAGGCUAUCGUACACAUUAGGGAAAAAGAAAAAAAAAAAACCUCCUGAGAGGUCAGUCACUCUUAAGUUUUGAGAUUCACUUAACUUACAAGUGUGAUAUGUUCUGUUUCUAUCAGUUUGCGCUGACAGAGAAAAAGGUUUUAGGGGGAGUAGAGGAAGGGGGAGAACUACUCGUGUUGUAAACCAGCUCCUGAGAUGGGAGUGAAACAAGCCAGAUGUCUGGCUGAGAGCUGACUCUGAUACUGUGGAGAAAUGAGUCCAGGGGCUUCCUGAGGUGGGGGGGUCCUGGUAAACUUUGGAGGAACAAAAAACGAAAAUAAACUGCAGACUGGUUGCUCGAUCGACCAGAAGACAUUGAUUCAAAUUAGCUGAGCAGCCUAACCGCUUCCCCUUGUAUAGGCUCUGUGGAAUCACCGGGCAGUAGUUAGACACCCAGGAUGUGAUCGUGACUAGAAACUUCCCCCUCCUAGUUAAAUGAAUUUUGCUCUACCUAGUUUGAAAUCAAUGUCGGGCUUAAUCUGGUGUCAUAACAGCAUGCCACCGAAAAAAAAAAGAAGCUCCUCCUACCUCUUGCUUGCAGGCUCCUCCCACGUCACCGUUUUUGAGUUCUAACCACACGUGUCGCAUCGAGUUUUUCUGAUUCAUAGUAAGCCUGCAUGUCAAACAAAACAUAACCCAUUUUUCAUUAACCUGCAUGGCAUAUGAGAAACGCCCCUCUCCUCUGACCUGGGUGGUGGGAUACGGCUCCAGCUCUGUCCUGCGAACAAACUUCAUGGUACUCGUGAGUCAUUGGCUUCCUUAACUGCAACCCCUGCAGGAGAACUUGCGGUGAAUGCGCUUUCCACAUCAGCUCCGCAGAGGCAUACUGACGGUGUCGAUGUGACCGAGAACAUCGGCUGCUUCAGGGCUCUCUAACACGGCUUCCGUUGCUUUGACUAACCACAGCCGCCGCCUGCUUCGUCUGUGUGGACUCAGCUGUUAACAGUGGCUCUAAAAAAAAAAAAACCCAAAUUGACAAAUAAUGCUAACGCUGAUCAUUUGUUUGUCUCUCCAUUUUGCAGUAAUUACAGUAGCUCUGCGCGGAUGACGAAGUACCAACACAAGGUCCAUUCUCGCUGCUGAUUGAGUUCGCCGAACAAAAGAGUUAGCGCCAGUAGGCACAUUUGGACUUGAAGACAAAACAUUUGAAAAAUAGAUAAAAAAAAUGCUAAAUGAACAAACAAAACACACUGAUUUCCAGUCAAAUCAACUGUUCCUCCUUCCUUCUUUUUAAAAAUGUGACGUCAAUCGGAAUAAUGCUCAUUUUUCGCGUGCUGCUGCUGCUGCUGCUGCUGGAAGCCAAUAUCUCACAGGUCCAAUGAAUCGAGUGCAACGCCGACCAGAGUUUGUGAUUGGCUAGCUAACCCUCCAAUGAUAAGCCAAGGGGACAUGGGGUUAUUUCUCGAUGUUAAAACUCUUUUGUCUGGUUUCAUCUUUAUUAUUUUUUUCUUUUUGGUUCUUUUUUUGGUUUUUUUUGUAAAUCUGUGCACUUUCAUUAUAUAGGAUUAUAACAGACUAUUAUUAACCUAUAGGGAAGCAUGGUAGUACUAUGGUUUGUGAGUAAUUCAGUAUAGGUAUUUAAGACUAUGGGAUUAUACGCCCUCCUGAAUCAUCUGAAUUUAACUAACGGAAACUAUUUACUCAAGUUAAAGGCUCCACAAACCACAGGCCUACUAUCACGACUUCAUCCUCAAGAUUUUAUCCAUCGAAUAAUCAUUUUAAAAAAUGUUUUGUUACAUCAUAUGUUAUGCUGUUCUUUUAUGUUUGUUCUACUGCCAUGUUCUAACAAAAAAAAAUCCAGGGUGAUCAAAUUCUGGGGUUUUUUCAUGUAUUUAUUAUUCCUAGGAAUAGUUCAAAAUAACGCAAUGAAACUUGACAGCGCCCUAACUCGAAUAGGUAAGUUGUGUUUUUGGGAAAAAACAAACAUUGAGUGACACGAUAUGCUUCUUUUCCUAGCUUCUUACCGAGGGCGUUCAACUGACACGGGAUCACUGACUUUCAGAAUUCUCUGCAAGUGCGACGAUUAAAUUCCAAAUUGGAAUUGUUUCAUUCUCUCUUCGUUUAUCGUGCCAAAUCUUGGUACACCGUUUAGGUUGAAAAAGAAAUCAAGACUCGGAAAUAAGACAAGCCGUCACUGAGGAAGGUUUAGUUCGGGCUCAUGGCGCUCCGACGCGAGCGCCGGGGUUUUGUUUUUUGGUUUGUUUAGUUCUUCGUUUCCGACCAGUAGUGCCUUUCAUUGUUUCAAGGGAGAAUCUUAGACUAGUAUUUUAUGUUUUCUGUUUUUAUAGGUGAGGACUUUGGGUUUUCAAAAUGACUGUGAGCAGCAAUAAGUGCAAAAAGGGAAUUUUCCCCCCUGUCUGCAUGAGUGAGAUGAUAGUUUUGAAAUUAGCUCAAUUAAACUGAAAAUUGUAUUGAAUUCUGCAGGUCAGUGAUCCACUCAACAAAUUCAGGGGUAUUAUGAAAAGGUUGGUUUGUUUUUGGUUUUUUUUAUCAAACUUUGGGAACAUAAAGAAGUCCCUUUGGCCUCCUGUUAUUGAACAAAAUGCUCCAAGCAUCUGUAAUGUGUUGGGGUAGAUCAGUGUACUAUUGGAAAACAUCUACGUAUCUCUAGCAUUGUUUGGUGAAGGUAAUGUGAUAUCAAUAGUAUUGUUGAAAACAAAAUGUGCAGAGAGCGCAUUUUAACUUUCUUUUUUUUCCUUUUUGUCCGAUUUGAGUUUUGUUUGUUGUUUUCUUUUUUAUUCUUGAAUCUUUUUUCUUUUUUUUUUUUUUUUACAUCAUCUUUGAGCAUUAUGUUUUCAGGAAACAGAAAACAAAACUAAGCAUCAACAAGCUUGAAUAGUGCCAUCAUAGCCAACGCUUGUUUGUUGAGGCAUUAAAAAAAAAAAAGUUACCAAUAUGGAUGAGAAGCUAUGAAAAAAAAAGUGCAAUUCAGAUAAUGUUUUACAUUAAGGACAAAAAAAACAAACAAAGGUUUUCUGUUUGCUGGAAGCGAUAGCGUUGUGAUAAUAAAAAAAUUAGCUGUGCAAACUUUAUAUUGUCAUAUUGUGUUUCAGUAUUGAUCCAUAAUGAGAGUUUGAUAUCUUUAUAUGAAAUAACGACUUCACCUGUAUGUUGGUAUUUAUUUGAAUUGUCAUGCAGUACUGUAUUCUUAUCAAUAAUGUGCAUUAUGAUUAGUGGCAUAUUGAUUACAGCUAAAUGUCAUAUGCAUGUUUUCUCAGUCAUGGGACCUUUACACAGAAUCGAAAAACAAACAUGUAAAAACUUUUGUCAGGGUGUUACAAAAUACGGAGAGGAAUUUAAAAAAAAAGGAAAAAGAUUUUUACAAAGUCUGAUGUAUUACUGCUGAAUUAAUCCUAUGAAAGUGUUUUGUUUGUUUUCCAGUAGAGAGGGUGGUAUCUCUGUGUAAAGGUAGUCAUACUGGCUAAAAAUCAAUAAAUGUGACUUAAGUUCCAAA